GAUUUCUGUCGCUAACGCAGCGAUGCUAACUCACCACAGCGCGCGAGCGUGAGAAUUUGUACUAAUAAACGCGAUAUUGUAUAUAUGUGCAUGUAUAUAAAACACAUGCGUGCUUUAUUAUCAGUGAAAUAAUCCAUAAUCCAGUCAGCGCUUAAUCCGGUGUCUAAAAGUGGAAGUGAGUGUAUAUCAGAGGCGCGGGCGUGCUAGGCUAAGUGUCCGUGUGAGGGAGCCCUGAGGCCGGCCUGACAGGAGCCGGAUCCCCGCGGUGUUGUGUGUGUGAGAGAGACAAGAGCCGCCAGGAUGAGCGUCAGCCUGGAUAAAGAAGCGUAUUACCGGCGCAUUAAGCGCCUCUACAGUAACUGGAAGAAAGGCGAGGACGUGUUCGGGAAGGUGGACGCCAUCGUGGUUUCCGUCGGCGUGGACGAGGAGAUCGUGUACGCCAAAUCCACGGCUCUGCAGACGUGGCUGUUUGGUUACGAGCUGACCGACACCAUCAUGAUCUUCUGCGAGUCCAAGAUCAUCUUCCUAGCCAGCAAGAAGAAGCUGGAGUUCCUGAAGCAGGUGGCGGUGACCAAGGGAAACGAGAACGCCAACGGCAUCCCGCCGGUCACGCUCCUGGUCCGGGAAAAGAACGAGAGCAACAAGGCGAACUUCGAGAAGAUGACGGAGGCGAUCCGGGGCAGUAAAGAAGGCAAGGCGGUGGGCAUCUUCAUCAAGGACAAGUUCCCCGGAGAGUACAUGAAGAGCUGGAACGACAUGCUGACGGCCGAGGGCCUGAACAAGGUGGACAUCAGCGCGGCGGUGGCGUACACGAUCGCCGUGAAGGAGGACGGAGAGCUGAACCUGAUGAAGAAAGCGGCCGCCAUCACCAGCGACGUCUUCACCAAGUUCUUCAAGGAGAGGGUGAUGGAGAUCGUGGACGCCGACGAGAAAGUGAAGCACAGCCGCCUGGCCGAGUCGGUGGAGAAGGCCAUCGAGGAGAAGAAGUACCUGGGCGGCGCCGACCCCUCCACCGUAGAGAUGUGCUACCCGCCCAUCAUCCAGAGCGGCGGCAACUACAGCCUGAAGUUCAGCGUCGUCAGCGAUAAGAACCACAUGCACUUCGGCGCCAUCACGUGCGCCAUGGGGAUCCGCUACAAGUCCUACUGCUCCAACCUGGUGCGCACGCUCAUGGUGGACCCGCCGCAGGAGAUGCAGGACAACUACAACUUCCUGCUGCAGGUGGAGGAGGAGCUGCUCAAGGAGCUCAAGCACGGGGUGAAGAUCUGCGAUGCCUACAACACGGUCAUGGACUACGUGAAGAAGGAGAAAUCGAACCUGCUCAGCAAGCUCACCAAGAACUUGGGGUUCGCUAUGGGGAUCGAGUUUCGGGAAGCCUCUCUGGUCCUGAACGCUAAGAACCAGUUCAAACUGAAGAAAGGCAUGGUGAUGAGUGUGAGUCUAGGCUUCGCUGACCUGAUGAACUCUGAGGGGAAGAAGGACGAGCAGAAGAAGUACGCCCUGUUCAUCGGCGACACCAUCCUCAUCAACGAGGAGGACCCGGCCACCGUCCUGACCCCAGUGAAGAAGAAGAUCAAGAACGUUGGGAUUUUCCUCAAGAACGAUGACGAGGAGGACGAAGAUGAAGACGACGACGACGCCGAGCAGCUGCUGGGUAAAGGAGCUCGAGCUGCCCUGCUGGCUGAUAGGACCAGGAACGAGAUGACCGCAGAGGAAAAGAGGCGGGCCCAUCAGCGGGAGCUGGCCAAUCAGAUGAACAAUGAGGCCAAGCGGCGCCUGACCGAGCAGAAGGGUGAACAGCAGAUCCAGAAAGCCAGGAAGUCCAACGUGUCCUACAAGAACGUAUCCCAGAUGCCUCGGGAGAAGGACAUCCGGGACAUGAAGCUCUACAUCGACAAGAAGUACGAGACGGUCGUCAUGCCCGUGUUCGGCAUCGCCACGCCCUUCCACAUCGCCACCAUUAAGAACAUCAGCAUGUCGGUGGAAGGAGACUACACGUACCUGAGGAUAAACUUCUUCGUGCCGGGGAGUUCACUGGGCCGACACGAGGGCAACAUAUUCCCCAACCCUGAUGCCACCUUCGUCAAAGAGAUCACGUACCGCGCCUCCAACCUGAAAGUCCCGGGCGACACCUCGGUGCCCUCCGCCAACCUGCAGAACGCCUUCCGCAUCAUCAAGGAGGUGCAGAAGCGCUACAAGACCCGCGAGGCCGAGGAGAAGGAGAAGGAGGGCAUCGUCAAGCAGGACUCGCUGGUCAUCAACCUGAACCGCUCCAACCCCAAGCUCAAGGACCUGUACAUCCGGCCCAACAUCGCCCAGAAGAGGAUGCAGGGCUCGCUCGAGGCUCACACCAACGGAUUCCGUUUCACGUCCGUACGUGGAGAUAAGGUGGACAUCCUGUACAACAACAUCAAACACGCCGUCUUCCAGCCCUGCGAUGGAGAGAUGAUCAUCGUGCUGCACUUCCACCUCAAGAACGCCAUCAUGUUCGGGAAGAAGCGGCACACGGACGUGCAGUUCUACACGGAGGUGGGCGAGAUCACCACGGACCUGGGCAAGCACCAGCACAUGCACGACCGCGACGACCUGUACGCCGAGCAGAUGGAGCGCGAGAUGAGGCACAAGCUCAAGUCGGCCUUCAAGAACUUCAUCGAGAAGGUGGAGACGCUCACCAAGGAGGAGCUGGAGUUCGAGGUUCCCUUCAGAGACCUGGGGUUCCAGGGCGCCCCCUACAGAAGCACCUGUCUCCUGCAGCCCACGUCCAGCUCGCUCUGCAACGUCACCGAGUGGCCCCCGUUCGUGGUGACCCUGGACGAGGUGGAGCUGGUCCAUUUCGAGCGUGUGCAGUUCCACCUGAAGAACUUCGACGUGGUUAUCGUCUACAAGGAUUACAGCAAGAAGGUCACCAUGAUCAACGCCGUGCCCGUCAACUCGCUCGACCCCAUCAAGGAGUGGCUCAACUCGUGUGAUAUCAAGUACACGGAGGGAGUUCAGUCUCUCAACUGGACCAAAAUCAUGAAGACCAUCGUGGAUGAUCCUGAGGGCUUUUUCGAGCAGGGUGGCUGGUCCUUCCUCGACCCAGAGAGUGAGGGCAGUGGAGCAGAGCAGGACUCGGAGUCUGAGAUGGAGGACGAGACCUUUAACCCUUCAGCAGAUGAGGAGGAGGAGCAAGAGGAGGACAGUGAUGAAGAUUACUCCUCUGAGACCGAGGACUCUGAAUACAAUGAAUCGGUGGGCAGUGAUGAGGAGAGUGGGAAGGACUGGGAUGAACUGGAGGAGGAGGCACGGAAAGCUGAUCGAGAGAUUCAGAGUCACUACGAGGAAGAGGAUACAUCCAACAGAAAGAGGAAGGGGCGAUCAUCAGCACCGCCGCCCAGCAGCAAGAAGAAACGGCGGCACUAGAACCCACACACACACACACACACACACUGCCAAACGUGCUGGUCUAACCCCUCCCCCCUCCCUCUGUGCUCUCGGUGUAAAUACAGCAGGUUUACAGAGAGGACAUCACCUUCAUUCCUGUUCCGGCUGCUCCCUCACCCCCCCUCACGCCGCGCCCCUCUGGCUUGUAUAUUUCAUCAGGAUGGUUUUUCCUCUUUUUUAGAACAGUGUUGGUGUUUGGUCUUGAUUAGAUGAUUCCGUUUCUCUCCUCCGUCCCGUGUUUAAAGAACAGAGUUAAUACAGGGUUACGUUUCGUUUUGGGGAGGUUUUGAUUCCUUUUGUUAUUAUUUUUCUUUAUCGGGGUGGGGAUUAGGGGAGGAGUGACACGGACGAGACCUUUUCUGACGUUCUGUGAGCUGGUUUUUUUUGUUAUAACGUUUUCUUCAUUCACAGUUGGUAGUCUUGUAAUAUUGAAUACGGAAUUUUCCCUUUUUUGUAAUAAAACUUUAAUAAAACGUAAAAAAUC